GGAGAUGGCACGGACGAGCAACCUUUCGUUACGGACAAAGAAAAGAUGUCCGGAUACGAAACCAAUCUAUACCUGUACUCGGAGGAGAUGGAGGACCGACCCCGCAUCUCGACGCUGCUCAACUCGCUGGCCAACUACAGCAACACCAUCCCCGCGGCCACCGACCCCGACGCGAAGCCGCAGGCGUCAGCACGUAUGGGCACGCUCAUCGGCGUCUACCUGCCCUGCAUCCAGAACAUCUUCGGCGUCAUCCUCUUCAUCCGGCUGACGUGGGUGGUGGGCACCGCCGGCGCCCUCAUGGGCUUCCUCAUCGUGCUGUGCUGCUGUUGUGUGACGAUGCUGACGGCCAUCUCCAUGAGCGCCAUCGCCACCAACGGCGUGGUGCCGGCCGGCGGCUCCUACUUCAUGAUCUCGCGCUCGCUGGGGCCCGAGUUCGGAGGCGCCGUCGGCAUGCUGUUCUACACCGGCACCACGCUCGCCGCCGCCAUGUACAUCGUGGGCGCCGUCGAGAUCGUGCUGACGUACAUGUGUCCCGAAGCCUCCAUUUUCGGGGACUUCACGAAGGACGCCAACAUCAUGUACAACAACUUUCGGGUGUACGGCACGUGCCUUUUGGCUGUAAUGGGAACCAUCGUCUUCAUCGGUGUCAAGUUCGUCAACAAGUUCGCGACCGUGGCGCUGGCGUGCGUGCUGCUCUCCAUCUUGGCUGUGUACGUCGGCAUCUUCGUCAACUUCAACGGCAACGACGCGCUCUACAUGUGUGUACUUGGAAAGAGGCUGCUGAAAGAUAUACACAUAGAUGACUGCAAGAAAGAUCCAUACUCUCCUUUGUUUAACAUCUUCUGUAGCAACUCGACUGAUCCAAAUGACCCUUCUCCAGUCUGUGACCCCUACUUUGUGAAUAACAAUGUUUCGAUUGUACAAGGAAUAAAGGGUCUAGCAAGUGGAGUUCUACUUGAUAAUGUGCAAAACAGUUUUCUGGAACUGGGGCAGUAUAUUGCUCAGUCAAAGGAACCAGAUGAAAUUGAAAGGCUGGAUAAACCAUCAUACAAUCAGGUCUUCGCAGAUUGCACUACUUCAUUUACAAUCUUGAUUGGAAUUUUUUUCCCAUCUGUAACAGGCAUCAUGGCUGGCUCCAAUCGCUCUGGGGAUUUGGCUGAUGCUCAGAAAUCAAUUCCUAUUGGCACAAUUUGUGCAAUUUUGACUACCUCAACAGUUUAUCUCUCAUCAGUCAUAUUGUUUGCUGGUACUGUUGACAACUUAUUACUGAGAGACAAAUUUGGUCAAAGCAUUGGAGGAAAACUUGUGGUAGCAAAUAUUGCAUGGCCGAACCAGUGGGUGAUUUUAAUUGGUUCAUUCUUAUCUACAUUGGGAGCUGGUCUCCAGAGCUUAACAGGAGCACCUCGCCUGUUGCAAGCCAUAGCAAAGGAUGGUAUUAUUCCCUUCUUGUCUCCCUUUGCUGUGUCAUCAAGCCGUGGGGAGCCCACUCGUGCUUUGUGCCUCACUGUGCUCAUCUGUCAAUGUGGGAUUCUCCUGGGAAAUGUUGAUUAUUUGGCUCCCUUGCUCUCUAUGUUUUUCCUCAUGUGCUAUGGCUUUGUGAACCUAGCCUGUGCUCUGCAGACUCUGUUACGCACACCAAACUGGCGCCCUCGAUUUAAAUACUAUCACUGGUCCUUGUCCUUUAUUGGUUUGUCUCUGUGCAUCGCAGUAAUGUUUAUGACAAGUUGGUAUUAUGCUCUUUUGGCCAUGGCAAUGGCUGGCUGCAUCUACAAAUACAUUGAAUAUAGAGGAGCUGAGAAAGAAUGGGGUGAUGGCAUUCGUGGUUUGGCUCUCUCAGCAGCUCGCUAUAGUCUCUUACGUUUGGAAGAAGGGCCUCCACAUACAAAGAAUUGGCGACCUCAGAUUCUUAUUCUAGCUAAACUUACAUCAGAUCUUGUACCAAAGUAUCGCAAAAUGUUUGCCUUCACUUCACAACUGAAAGCUGGCAAAGGUUUAACUGUGUGUGUAUCUGUAAUUGGGGGAGAUUUUACACGUGGCCAUGGUGAAGCACUGGCUGCAAAGCAAAGUCUGCGAAGAACAAUGGAUGAAGAGAAAGUGAAAGGUUUUGUUGAUGUUUUGGUGAGCCGUAGCAUCACUGAUGGACUCAGUCACCUAGUACAGACUACUGGUUUGGGAGGAAUGAAGCCUAACACAGUUAUCCUGGGUUGGCCUUAUGGUUGGCGGCAAUCAGAAGAUGAGAAAACAUGGCAAGUUUUUCUGCAAACAGUUAGGAGUGUGGCCGCUGCUCGAAUGGCAUUGCUUGUUCCCAAAGGCAUUAACUUCUUCCCUGACAGCAGUGAAAAGGUGGUUGGAAAUAUUGACAUUUGGUGGAUAGUCCAUGAUGGAGGCCUACUUAUGUUACUUCCAUUCCUGUUGAAACAACAUAGAACUUGGAAAAACUGUCGAAUGAGAAUUUUUACUGUUGCACAAAUGGAGGAUAAUUCAAUUCAGAUGAAGAAGGACCUUAAAGUGUUCCUGUAUCAUUUAAGAAUAGACGCUGAAGUUGAGGUGGUUGAAAUGAUGGACAGUGAUAUAUCAGCCUAUACUUAUGAACGCACACUAAUGAUGGAACAACGUAAUCAGAUGCUGCGAGAACUGAGACUCAACAAGAAAGAAAGCCUUGGCGUUGUGCAAACUCUUGUAGACUUCAACGAAGUUCCAUCGGAGGAAAAACUGCCUCUGGUCCAAGCAAUUGUUGAUCAUCAUCAUAAUGUGGAUGUGAAAACUGCAACAAAAGUACGCUUCCAAGAACCAGGCAAAGAAGGUUCAGAUCAAAAGGAACAGCAGCAACAUUCUAAGCCCCCGGAUGAGGGCAAUGAGGAAGAAGCAAAUAAGGAGGGUGAAGAAAACGUUCAAUCAAAAGAAGGAGAAGGAGAUGAAAAUUCUAUUCAUUCUGAGUCUCAGCAGGAGGAUAAAUCAGAUUCAAAAGCUAAUGAAGCUGGAAGUAAAUCAGAUGAAAAGAAAAAGCUUUCUAUAACACCUGAUGAAGGAAAUGUAAGAAGGAUGCAUACUGCUGUUAAGCUGAAUGAAGUGAUUGUAAAUAAGUCUCAUGAUGCUCAGCUGGUGAUAUUGAAUUUGCCAGGUCCACCUCGAGACACAAGAAUAGAGAAGGAAUCAAAUUAUAUGGAAUUUUUGGAGGUUCUGACUGAAGGACUGGAACGUGUGCUUAUGGUGAGAGGUGGUGGUCGAGAAGUGAUCACCAUUUAUUCGUGAAGAUCAACUCUUUUUGUUGCUUUACAUUUGUACAGUGUUGCAUAUUUACUCAAAUGCAAGGCACAGCCGCAUCAGAAGAAUGAAGCCAACGCAACAUUCUGCUGCAGCAGUCAGGAAAAGUUUGUUUCUGUUGCAAGUUUAAAGUUCAUUGCAUUUCCAGUUAUAGGAAUAUUUACAACUUACUAAGUUAUAAAUACCUGUUACUUUUCUCAACUUUAAACAUUUUGUUUCUUUUCAUCUUCAAUUUGUUAAUAUUGAAAAAAGUAUUUCAUUAUGCACAUAUUAUGAACAUACCAUGAAAUUCUACAAUUUUUAAUCGCUUGAUUUCAGUCUGGUAAUGUUAUAUUAAACAUGAAUAUAAAGUAAGUUAGCAACAUACCAAUUUUCUUUGGUAUUUCUAUGUAUAUAUAUUUCCAAGCUUGCUCUGUACAUUUCAUGUAAUAUAAUGUGUGCAUUUCUUGUGACUGCUCCCCCAGUAAAAUCAAGUAUGAUAAGAACAUUUCAUAAGACAAAUCUGUGUGUAAAAUGAAGAUACUUCAUUGGUGUACUCUAUUACACUGCUGUUAUCAUGCAGUUCACUUCUUGCUUAAUAGUUUAAAGCACAUGUUCUUGUGCGUGGCUCUCUCAGUGAUGUGCUGUACAGUCUUACAUUCGUGUAAAUGUCUUGUGCACAACUGACAUGAUCUCAUAAUUACAUUAUUUCCUUUCAUCUCUGACAUACAUGAACUGUUCACUUUUCUAUAGCAUUGACAUCCAUCUAACAUAAAUUCAUCAUUAACACUCUCUAUCGUGUUUGUUAUAAUAGUGUCUUAAAGAAGCUCAUGUGGCAUUUUAACUGGCAUCACUGACAUCAUGUUAGGGUGUCAGAUGGCAGACAAGUGUAGUUAGUAUUAAUAGUGUAUGGUAACAGAAGGAUUUCGCAUCUUGAUAAAAUGUUUUAUGAAGACAAAAAGAGGUGAGGUUGAACGCCAAAAGUAUUCUUUGGAUGUUCAAUGAUGUAAAAUAAUAAGAAAAGUAUUAUUCAUAAAUACAUAAUGAACUCUAAAUGAGUUUAUUGUGACUUACGUGAUAUGAUAAAAUGAGAAAUGGUUCAUUAAUCAGAUGUGGUAUAUUUCAAAGCUUGUCACAAUUGACACUUAUGAGAUUCAUUCUUCAUGAUAUCAUAUAUCAUCAGAAAUAUUAUUUGAAUUUUAAAUAUAGAAAGUAAUAUAUUUAGAGUAGAAUGUGUUUAGUUAUGCGUAGGUAGGUAAUUGCUGUUCUUACUAAUGUGUCCGUGUGUGUAUGUAAUGUCCGUGUGAUAUUCGUUGUCUAACAUAAUAAUAAACAGUAUAAUAAUGUUCCUGUAAACUGUGUUUCAGUAGGUGUUGAGCUUCAUUUCUUUCUUCUUUUGCACUAUUUCUUCAUAUAAAGAAUAAUAGACAAUUCUUAGAGAUGUACGGUAUAAGAUAAAGUUUUGAUUCUGAACUACUGUAAAUAUUUUAGAUUGAAUAGUAAUGCAGUUUAUGAUUUGUAUGUGUCAAUUUUAAGUGUUUCUAUGUGAAGAAUGCAUGAAAACAUGAACUUCAAAGUGGUUAGUUCCUAUGGAAGAUGGAGCAAACUCAUUCCAGCAAUAUAAAUGUUCUAUUACUGACAUCUGUCUGAUAAUUAUUAUAUGGUAAUAAUUUUGAUUUCUGAUAAAGAACUUGUGAAUUCCACAUCUAGCUUUAUCAUUGGAUGUUUUACUGCCAUGGCCUAUAUAUUCUUCCAAAAUUUUUGUAUGACUUAUUAAUCAUCAAAGGAAGAAUGCCUUUUUAAAAACAUUUUAAACAAUGAAAGCAAAGAAAGUUAUUGUAAAAAUCAAACUUACAAAAUUUUCAAAUAUUGUUUAUUUUUAUGUAGCAUGAAGUCGAACAGCAAGAUUCACAAGAAAUCUCUAUUCAAAACAAUGUUAUAUUCAGUUACAUUUUAACAAAUUUAAUUAAUAGCAGAACAUAUAAGAAAUAGUCAAAAUAAAAAUUUACUCAUUCUAGUUUGACAUUUUCCAUGAGGUGAAACCGAUUAUUAUUGCAGCAUUCUGAAUAUCUACGUUUUAAUAUUCAUUGCCCAGUUUGUACAAAAUUGAAGGAACUGAAUGGAAUCUUUUUUCUUUUAACAAUGUUGCCUGACAAACGCAUAGUAGCAGGCUUGUAGAAAAUUCUUAAUUCAUUAAAAAUUCAAGGUUAUUUCCGUUUUUAAUAUUAUUUUGACAAAAGAUGUUCCUUCAAGAUUGGUUUAAAAUUGAACUGUGUUGUUCCUCCUGGCACAUGUAUUUAAUUGGUUUCAUAGAAAUGAGAUAAGAAUAGUAGAUGUGCUGACCUUAUUUUUUAUUUCUAUGAAGCUUAGAAUUAUGCCUUUUGUUUAUGAUGAGUCGAGCAUUAUUAGUCAUGUCUGUGAAAUAGAGAAAAUAAGUUUACUCGUGUUUGUCUGGGUCGUGCGUAAGCUCACAAAACAGUGAAAAGCUUAAGAGUGAGAUGUGUACAUGCUCUCUAUGCUCAAUACUAUUGUUACCGAGAUAAAAAUGUGUGUUUUGCUUCCCCUUUAUAUAUUCUAUGUAUUGUUUAAAUGUU